CGCGCGCCGCUGCGGCACGGCAGGCCCCCACGGCGGGUUCCCGCGGUGGCUUCUGGAGGCGUGGGCUGCGCACGCCUCCCGGGUGGAUUCCGACCCCACCAGUGCUAGAGCUUUCGUUGCAGGGAGCCGCGAGUAAGUGGCGGCGCGGACGGGUUCCGGCGCGAAGACCCGGCCGGCUGGGCGAGCGCGGCGGCGGGCGUGGCCCGAGCGCUGCCUUUGUGACCAGGGGGCGUCUCCUCCGGACGCCAGCGGCGGCCCGGACUCCCCGAUCCAGCCGCGGGACUAAACUCGGCGCGAGGAGAACGUCGGCAAAUGGGUGACAGGCGCCUGUUUUCGUGCUGAGGGCCAAGAAGCCCUGAUUCUCCCGAAGGCAAUGUGAGGAAGGACUUUGUUCUGAUCAAGCAGACAGUUCAGGACACAAGAGUCCAAGGAUGAAUGUUCCUCGUGACAGUGACAGGUUAUUGCGGCAGGAGGCCAGCUGUCUAGUGGAUGAUACUUCAGCUGCAGCCCAAGAAAAGGAAACAAAUGGCCUGGCUUCAUCUGGUCUUCAUAAUCUUACUUAUCCCCUAAGUCCUAGGAAUGAAGACCUUUCACUUGACCAUACCUCUCAGCCAGCAAAUCCUCAGUUCUCUCACAUAAUGCCACUUCCUGAAGACAUCAAAGGCUCUUGCUUCCAAAGUGGGAAUAAACGGAACCAUGAACCCUUUCUUCUUCCAGAAAGAUUUGGAAACAGCAGUAUAGGCUUUGGCAGUAACCCUCAUUCCCAGGCUCCAGAGAAAGUGACACUUCUUGUAGAUGGCACACGUUUUGUUGUGAAUCCACAGAUUUUCACUGCUCAUCCAGAUACCAUGUUGGGAAGGAUGUUUGGGCCAGGAAGAGAGUACAAUUUCACACGGCCCAAUGAGAAGGGAGAAUAUGAAAUUGCUGAAGGAAUCAGUGCAACUGUAUUUCGUACAGUGCUGGAUUACUACAAAACUGGUAUCAUUAAUUGUCCUGAUGGUAUCUCUAUCCCAGAUCUUAGAGAUACAUGUGAUUAUCUCUGCAUUAAUUUUGACUUCAACACUAUCCGAUGUCAGGAUCUGAGUGCUUUACUGCAUGAACUGUCUAAUGAUGGUGCUCACAAGCAGUUUGAUCACUACCUCGAGGAGCUGAUCCUGCCCAUUAUGGUGGGCUGUGCCAAGAAAGGGGAGCGAGAGUGCCACAUAGUUGUGCUGACAGAUGAGGAUUCUGUGGACUGGGAUGAAGACCACCCCCCACCCAUGGGGGAGGAAUAUUCCCAAAUUCUUUAUAGCUCCAAGCUCUACAGAUUCUUCAAAUAUAUUGAAAAUCGAGAUGUUGCAAAAACAGUGUUAAAGGAACGGGGCCUGAAAAACAUUCGCAUUGGAAUUGAAGGUUAUCCCACCUGUAAAGAAAAAAUUAAGAGAAGACCUGGUGGCCGGUCUGAAGUCAUCUAUAAUUACGUACAACGUCCCUUUAUCCAGAUGUCAUGGGAAAAGGAAGAAGGAAAGAGUCGCCAUGUAGAUUUCCAGUGUGUUCGAAGCAAGUCCCUCACCAAUCUGGUAGCUGCUGGUGAGGAUGUCUUAGAGGACCAAGAGAUACUAAUGCAUCACCCGCCCCAAGUUGAUGAACUUGAUCGGCUAAAUGCCCCACUUUCUCAGAUGGCUUCUAAUGACUUUCAGGAUUAGGGCCACCUGUGGGGUCCACCUCUCAUUGGAGCUCUCUUAAUCUGGGAUGUCCACAGCUAGCCCUUCCCAGCCUCCCCAUGAUAUGUCUUGGCCCAAGUAGGAGAUAUGCUUCUCCCUAUCUUUUUCCUUUCUCCCAUAAUUAACGUGUCUUUUCCAAUAAGUCCAUGCAUCUGGCAGGGGAUGAAGAAGUACUCACUGGUGUUUAAGCUACCAGCUUUGCAACAGCCUGGUAACUUGAAUAAUUUGGAUCUGGUGCUGUUUACUGAGUCUUUGCAUAACUGCAAAAGCAGGAAAGGAAGUCAGGACUCUUUUUGCCCUGUGUUUAGCAAA